UUGGUCCCACUGUGUGGUUAAACGGAAGUUGUUGUGCGAUGAUGUGUGUUUGUUGUUAUGCUUUGGAUGGCAGGAUAAGUAGUUCGACUUAAGCGACAGGUUGUGGGGCUGGGAUCUUCAGGUGGUUAAUGGAGUGAUAAUGGCACUUGUGAUAUGUAUUUUUCUUUCGUUAUGUGUGUCAGUUUUUGGAAUUUCCAAUCAACGUCUGUGCGUCGACGCUAAAUGCAAAGUACCUAUAUCGCAUGGAAGUGCUUUAGUGACAUACGUUCCUAGUGAGGGAGGCAAACUUUACGUCAAGAAAGGUGAUAAAGUUACAAUCUACAGCAAGGAGGCUGGUAACGAUACUUCACUUUGGGGAGUAGAGGUUGGUGGAAAACGUGGAUAUUUACCCAAAUCAGUGAUAAAGGAAGAAAAAGUGUUUCAUAAAACACAGUUUAUCAUUGUGCCUACAGAACCGGGAAGUGAUGCUGAAGCAGAUUCUCUUGACAAUAAUGUACAGGAAGGCAGUGCAGCAGAUGUGCCUAUUCUAAGUGAUUCAUUCAGUGUGGUUGAUGGCACUACUAUUUAUAGUAAUACCACUGGUGAAGUAUUAGAAACUCAACCUAUGGAAACCAGGACUUUCGAUACCCAGACCCUUGAUAUUCAGUCAUCAAAAACAAUAGAUGCUACAGGUAUUGGCAAAAAUACUUUAGUAGAACCAAACAGUUCAUUAAUUCUUCCUCAGCCAACCACUUCCAGUGCUGCUGUGUAUAGUGCUAGGGGUGAUGAGAAUCUUGGAGGAACCCAGGCAAGUGUGUUAGAUGAAGUAAAAUCUACAAUUGAAACAUCUGCUCUAGAAAGUAAUGAAGAUCUUACAACACUGAAGGUAAACGACAUUGAAAAUAACUCUGGAGACGUAGAAAAUAAUGAAAGUAAUGAAAAAGUAGGGAUUGGCGAAGAUACCCUAGAAGACGAGGAAGGAGAAGAAGAUGAUGAAUAUGAAGAAAUGGAAGAUGAUGAGGAUGAGGAUGAGAUAGAUGAUGAAGAUUUGGAUGAAGAGGAAGUACUGGAGUCAGAAACAGAUUCUAAACAAGAUGUAGAUGGUGAAAGUGAGAGGAUUGGGAAAGAAAGUAAAGAGGCAAGCCAAGGCAAUGGUGAAAAUGAAAAUGUAGUAUCUGAAUCUUCGGAGACCAAUUUACAGGACUCUAAUGUUUCUGAGCCAGAGAUAUUCAAUGACAAUACAGGAAGUUCGGAAACUUCUGAAGGAGAACAAGUGAGGAUAAGCAAUGAUUAUUCUGAAAUUAAGCAUGAGGGAGAAAAUAAAGAUGAGGGUACAUUGGUUAAGGAAGAAAUAUCAAACACAACAGAAAUCGUGAGCGAAGUCACUACUGCUGGUCCUCUUGAUAAAAAUGAAAUCUCAUCCCAGGACAGUUUGAAUGAUAUUGACAAUGCAGGUGCAUCAACAGAGGAAUCUGUAGUCCUGCCCAAUGACAGUGAAAGCACAAUAAUCACCCAAAAUGCAAACAAUGAUGAAAAAAAAUAUGUGUCAGAAAUUUCUAGUGGAGAUGAUGCAUCACCAGAAAAUAAUGCAAAUUUAAUAAGAGAUAGUGAUUCAGUGGUACACACAAAUGAUGCAAGUACUAAUUCCAAUGUUUCUAAUGUAGAAGAUAUACAAGAAAGAAACAGUGAUAAUGAAAAGGAAAAUUACUUUAAUUCAUUUUUUUCUCUUGGAACAUAUAAUGAAAAUAAUAAACCAGAAGAUGACAAUGUAGAAAUAGUGCAGAAAACAGAUGCUUCAGUUUCUGAAGAAAAUAUAGAAAUAGAGAAUUCUCAAGAUAACGAAAACACGUUUGUUGAGCAUGUUCAUACAACACCCAGCCCAUUUGAUGGAAUCACUGAUCUGCAUACUUCCACUUCUGACCAGGUUCCAGAAAAUGAGCAACUGGAAAGACCAUCUGUUUCUCCUCCCUUGGGAGAUGAAAGUCACGGUUCUGAAGAUACAACUGAAGAAACCUUAAACGAAGAUGUCAGUGAUAGUGAUGGCGAUGCUGAUGCUAGUGCUGACGCUAAUGCUGACGCUAAUGCUGACGAUAAACCAUUGACAAUAGACGCUGAAGAUAUGUCAUCUGAAGUUCAAGGGACAUGUGAAAUACAUUCGACUGGCUGUGUGCCAGAGACUGAGGACCUACCAAAACAACAAUUUUCAUCUGAUGAGGCUGAACCAGGAUGGCUUUCUUCCCUGAUGCGGAGAGCCAGUUUGAGAUCUGAAUUAGUGGUGUCAACUUCUAUAAACAAAGAAAUGCAUAAAAAUUCGUUUGAUACUUUGAUAUAUUUGAUGGUCACAGCCAUCACAGUCCUGGUGUUUUCUUUAGGGUACUAUUAUCUUGAGAAACAACGUAGAGAUGGAUCUCUGAUAGCCAAGAUAAACAGCUUAGAAAAAGCAUUAAUGGUAACUUCACAAGAAAAAUAUACUUUGAAAGAUGAACUUGAGAGUGCUAAAGAAAAAAUAUCAGCCUUCAUAACCUCAAUUGAUUCUGGAGAAACAUCAUCUGUAUUGAAGGAGGAACUUGAAGAAUGUAGGAAUGCACGCAUAGAAUUGGAAGAACAAGUAGCUACAUUGGAAAAGGAGUUAGAGGCUGCAACAGAAACUGGUCUUGAACUAAAUCGAAUGAUGUCCGAGUUGUUGUCUGCACAACAUGGAUCUGAUACACUCAUGAAGAGUGUUGAUUAUCUUCAGAAGGAACUUGACAGUCAAAAAAGCACAAUUACUACAAUGACUGCAAAUUUGACUGCCAAAAAUAUUGAGAAUGAAAACCUUCAGUCAGAGUUAAAAGUUCAAUUAGAACGUGUUCAGAACCUCGAGGAGCAGCUUGAUAAAGUUAAUGAGACUUUGAUGAAUCUACAGAAAGAAAAAUCAGAAAUCGAGCAUGAGUUUCAAAUGAAGAAUCAGUCAAUUGAAUCGCAGUUAGUAGAAGCUCUAGAAAGUAAAUCUGCAGAUUCCCAGCGCUUGUGUCGAGAACUAGAUGCACUUCAGGAUGUGUUGGAUGAAACCCGGAAGACUCUAGCUGCUCGUGAGGGAGAAGUUUCAGUCCUCCGGGAUUGUCUAAAUCAUGCGGAGAACUUGUCCAAUGGUGGAGAGUCAAGUGUUUCACUGGAAGAGUUACUAAAUGUUGGACACUUACGUGCCAAAAUUGAUGCCGUUACCAAAGAACGAGAUGAACUUCAAGAUAAGUUGCAGGGUGAAGAAGAUGCCAGAAAACUUCUUGAAGAUCACAUGAAAAUAAUAAGUGAAGAGGUAUCCACUCUUCGUACCAAAUAUGAAGAAGCGGAUCGUGGAAAGAUGGAAGCCCAAACUCGCCUUGAAGUCUUGUCGAAUUACUUUAAGGAGAAGGAGACCCAGUUACAAAAGGAACUUGGGCUCCAGGAAGCAAUGUACAUUCAAAAAGAAGGAGCUGCAUUGUCUACAAUUGAACAAAUUAAAGCAUUUCAAGAAGAAAUUGAAAAUUACAAAGCUCAAAAUGAGAUUCUCAAAAAAGAAAUACUUGAUCAGGAGCGAAGUAUGAAGUCUCAAAUAGCCGUUCUGGAGAAGAAAGCUCAUGAGAAUUGGGUGGCUGCUCGUCAAGCUGAACGUCGCAUGGAAGAAAGCAAACAAGAAGCAAGUCAAUUAAGAAACAGAUUGACCAUGUCGGGACGAAGGCUUGUUGGUACAAUACCUGGUCCAGAUGUUGGAAAACCUCCUGAUAGAGGAACAAUAGCACUAGAGCAUAAUGGAGAGAUGUCAUCUUCACCUGCCCAUAUGGGUGAAACUCAAGAAUUGCCAUCUUCUCCCUUGCAUUUUGGACUUCCUGGGUCUCCUCCUUUACUUCCCCCGGGUGGGCAACCUCUUCCUCCAGGGCCAUUUCCCAGUUUGCCUCUUUUUUUGCCUCCUGGUGCUCCAGGAAUGCCAUUUCCCAUGCCCCCUCCUCCUGGAGGCCUCUUUCCCGAUGAUCUUCGCCCUCCUCCACUUGGAAGAAUGUCUUCCCCUCCUCCUGAACCACGUGGUAGUUUCUCACCUUUUGAACACUCGCCUCCUAUGUCUCCUCCUAACCGCCCAUAUAGAUCACCACCACAUUAUGAAGAUUCGCCAAGUAGAUAUCGCCAUCAGACCCCACCUACAAGCAGCACUCCAUCAUAUACUGGUCCUUUUUCACCUGGAAAGUGGGAUGAACGUGGUGAUCCCCCAAGGUCCAGCUUCAGACCUCUGCACAGGGAUCCUCCGCGUGAACCGAAAGGAUCCACACUCAGUUCUGGUCAUUCUUCAGAGAGUUUGGAUAAAGGAAGUCGGCAUAGUAGAGUAUAGCAGUAACCUUAUUAAAAUGAAGAAAACUUCUUUGUUGAAUGAAAUUGUUUUUGAAAGUUGUAUAUAGGGAUAUGGCUUGUAUAUAAAACAUGGUGAAGAUGGUGAAAAUUACAUUAUGGAACAGACAUUACAUAGAAAUACUUCAUGUGAUAAUUGUCAUUAUUAGGGAGCUACAAAAAAUUGAAUAAUGGUCACAUAUUUUUCUUGACAGGAGCUACUGAUGAAACAUGAAAACCAAAAAGUUGAAUACAAAGAGAAUUCAAUGAGAAAGUUUAUGUGAAACUUCAUUAAUUAUAAAAUCCAAUGAAUGUUUAAUUGUACUGACUUUCAUUCAAGUAUAAUAAUGAUUUUUAAGUAUAGCUAUUCCAGUGGAAACUUAAAUGCCAUGGCCUUUUUCCUUGACAAAGCAAAAUCAUUUCCAAAUGGUACAGAUUUUAUAGUUUUGCUGGAAAGUCGAAAUAAAUCAUUAAGCAUGUAACAGUCACUGGCAAACACCUUACAUGACUGAAAAAACUACUUAUAUUGCAUAUUUCAUCAGUGGUUAGGGGUGCUGUGAAGGCAAGUGCAAUUUAUUUUUGUCUUGAAGACUUGAUGUACAUUCUAAUGCUGGAGGCUAUUAUUAUUUUUAUAUCUUGAUUUAAAUGUGAUCUAACUGAACAUUCCAUCCUAUUUGUACUUGUGAUAUGUAAUUAUUGUUAUAUGGAAAAAACUUGUCCCUUCAUGUUUUAACAUUUUUAUUUUUCUGUCCUUUUUUCUAAAACCUCCACUUUGUUCUUUAUAUUCUACUUUUAAGACUGUUCUCCACCACAUGUAACAAACUUACCACUUGAAACAUUAUGUAGUGUUUCAGUUUUUUCUUUAUAGUACUCAAAGCAUGUGAAUAUUCAGCAAUGUUGUUAUUUUCUUUUAUGAUCGCCUGAAAUGAAACAUUGGUAAUUAACUAUAGCUAUAAAUUGCGAGAAAAGGCACUUGCGUGUUUUUGAAGAUGUUAGCUUUUCACUACAAUGUAAAGUGAAUAACAUUAUUUUACGUAUAUAUUUAACCAUCCCAGAGAAUUUAUUAGAAUUGUUUCAUUAAGAAUAAUAGCCUCUAGCAUUAAAAUCGUCAUUGUAAAUUAUAUUUGCAUAUGAAAUGUGACUACAUUCUUCUUCAACCUUCUGUAAGUUGUUCUCUUUUUGCCCAAAAGUUUUCCAAAGUUCAUAUAGGAGUUAAUUUAACAAGUAACUUUCCUGAGUUUUGGAAUAUUGAAAUAUAUCUAAGCAGCACAUUACUGAAAUUUUAUUUUUUUAAAUUAAUGACAAGUAUGGUAAUGGAAAACGAUUCUUAAAAAAUUCUGCAGUUCAUAUUGUUAAAUAUUUGAUAAUUAUGAGCAUUGAAUGACUUAUUUUAAAUAACAUUGUUCUUGUAGGUUAUUUAAUCUAUUUUAGGGUUACGUUUUCUAUUUGUUUUAUAAUCUUUUUCAUUUUGCAAAUAUAUAUUUCAAAACUUGUAUACUUUAUCAUAAAUCUGUUGCUCCCAUGACCAGUUUCAGGUUUCACUGAAUUGAUUUAGUCAUUUAAUUUGUUUUAAUUUAAUUUUUGCUAGAAUUCUGAUGGCGUUAGCUUAAGGAAAGAUAAAUAUAUAUUUCAGAGUUUUAUUAGUUGGUGUUUUCAUUAUAUGAAAAUAUAAUGAAGUGUGUUUAUAUAAUGUUUAUUGUACUCUGAGAAUUGUUUGCUUGAUUUUAUUGGUAUGGUUCUGUAACAAUGCAAAAUUGAAGAAUUACAUGUCUAAAAAAUGGAAAGAAUGAAGAAUGGAAAUUUCAGUUGACUUGUUGUUUACUUUGUGAAGUAAGGUUGUAAAUAAAAGAUUAUGUAUAUAGGUGUUAGAGUCUGACUGGAGCAUGUGUGUGUGUGUGUGAACAUUAAAUUGAUUGAAAGAAAAGAAAACUAGUAAGUUAUUUCAGGUUAAAAACUAUUUUAAUACAUAUUGGAAAUUAGAAUAAUCUCCAAUGUCAGCAAGAUUACUGUGAAAAUGUGUAUGAAAUUAUCAAAUAUAUUACCAUUGUACAAAACCAGAAAGAGAUAUGCUUUCUUAGUACAUAACGUUUUUUUGCUCAUGACAUAU